CUCUUUGAGCCUCUUAAGCGAUACAGACUGGGAAAGGCCAACUUUUCUUCAAUUGGGGGAUCAAUUACUUCCACCAGAAUCACCUCUGAGAAGAGACACAGAUCUAGGUACCUUCGUAAAGGUGGACAUUUCAACCUUUCCUUUAGAAAUCACUCAGGGCCACAUUUUAACAGAGAACCUACUUCACAUACUUCCAAGAUGAGUGAGCAGGAGGUCACUUACUCAACUCUGAGGUUUCACCAUUCUUCAGGAUUACAGAACCAAGUGAGGCCAGAUGAUACUCAAGGGCCCCUAGAAGCUGACCACAGAGGGCAUUCAGUCUCCUCUCACCUUACCAUAAUACCUCUUGGAAUCCUCUGUUCCAUUUUGCUUGUAACUGUCGCAGUGUUGGUGACACACAUUUUUCAGUAUAAUCAAGAAAAACAUGAGCUACAGGAAACUCUAAACAAACUCCACCAUAACUACAGCACCAUGCAAAAUGAAAGCUACUUAAAGGAAGAGAUAAUGAGAAACAAGUCAAAAGAAUGUGAUUCCUACAAAAAUCUUUUGGACACCAUCAACAGACAACAGUACAGAUGCCACGGGCAAACUAAGAUUGUUUUACAUUGCUUACAGUACAGAGGCAAAUAUGUGGAAGGAUACUGGUUCUGCUGUGGCCUAAAAUGUUAUUAUUUCAUCAUGGACAAUAAACGCUGGGAUCAAUGUAAACAGACCUGCCAACGUUGCAGCUUAUCUCUUCUGAUGAUAGAUGAUGAAGAUGAACUGAAGUUCCUUCAGCUCCAAGUUACUCCAGACAGUUACUGGAUUGGAUUGUCAUAUGAUAAUAAAAAAAGGGAAUGGGCAUGGAUUGACAGUGGCUCAUCUAAACUUGCCUUGGACAUAAAGAAAUACAAUGCAAACGAUGGAGGAUGUAUGUUCUUAUCUAAAACAAGACUAGAAAAUAGCAACUGUGACAGAGUCCACCCCUGUAUUUGUGAGAAGAGACUGGAUAUAUUCUUAUCUAAAACAAGACUAGAAAAUAGCAAAUGUGACAGAGUCCACCCCUGUAUUUGUGAGAAGAGACUGGAUGUUUCCUGAUUGACUCGCCAACAAGAGUUAAAGGAUUUAGUCUACUGUGCAUACAGAGAGAUGAGCUGGAAGAGGCUGGGAAUGAUGUCUGGAGUCUUAUGUGACAGAGUAAUCUUCUUCCUUACUGGUGGAGACAGGACACAUCUCCUCUGGGGCUUGGAGACACCUCACUCCAAAGCUUCCAGGACUUUGCUUUUUCAGCUUUCUUAAACUCUUAUAUACCUAAAUAAAGAACCCAAAUAAACA